GACAGUUUCCUUAUUAGCACCAAACUCACCACCCUUCUCUUUUGCUCCCCCCUCCCUUAGCUUAUUAAAUCUCUAAUUAAAUUACCCUUAAUUUAUACCUUCCUACACACCUAUAGCCCAACUUGUUAAUUAGCUAGUCCUUCCAAUAUUAUUUCCAGUAAUUACUUGAUGGCUGAUCAGCCAGUACAAGGAGAUAAUGGCAAGUCUGAGGGCCGAAGGAAGGGCACUUCCAGCGGCGGGGGAGGAAAGCGUGCUUCUAUGAAGGCGGCAGUCAGAACGACAACAAUAACUAGUAAUGCAGUAGGUUCAGGUAGUGGUGCAGCUCCAUGUGGGGCGUGCAAGUUUUUGAGGAGGAAGUGCAUAAGCGGGUGCAUAUUCGCACCCCAUUUCGGUUCAGACCAAGGAGCUGCACGCUUUGCCGCGGUGCACAAGGUGUUUGGGGCGAGUAAUGUGUCGAAGCUUUUGUUGCACAUUCCCUUGAACCGCCGGCAUGACGCUGUCGUUACCAUCACCUACGAGGCUCAAGCUAGGCUCUCCGACCCCGUUUACGGUUGUGUCUCCACCAUACUUGCUUUGCAACAACAGGUUGCAUCUUUGCAAGGCGAGCUAGCAAUGGUGCAAACUCAGCUGUUAAACAGCAGGUUUGCAAUUGCAAAUGCUCUCCAAAUCACUUCGCAGCAGCAGCAACAGCAACAGCACGAGCAGCAGCAAAUGAACAUGGCACUAAUGCUACAGCCUGCUUACUCCAACAACACCUCCGCCUCCACUAACCUUAUCAACAUGAGCAGCUUGACCUCGAGCUUGGACAUCGACGCGGCGCCAUCUUCACAGAGCUUCAUGGAGCCUCUUCAGCUUUCGCGGCCAUCCCAAGAUGAUGAAGAUGAUGAGGAAGAGAGUCGAGUUCCCCUCUUGUUCGCCAAUAAUGGAUAUUAGUUUAGAAUUUUCUCUGCCUUAUUUUCCUUGUCUAAACUUUCUAUAUUUUUCAUGCAAACUCUUCAAAGUUCGCUUGCUAUCAUCUAUAUCGAUCGUUAUGGUCAAAC